AAACCUCAGCCUGUUGCACACUUUGUCUGGAGGCUGCUGAGUGCACAGCGCUAGGAGCAUGGCUGCCAUCAAGGCUUUGGAGCAGUGGUGUAAAAUACAAUGUGACGGCUACCGAGAUGUGGCCAUUACCAACAUGACGACCUCUUUCAAGAACGGACUGGCUUUCUGCGCGCUCAUACACAAGUACAGACCGGACCUGAUAGACUAUGACUCACUCAGAGAGGAGGAUGUGUUUGAGAACAACAGACUGGCUUUUCAAGUCGCAGAAGAGAAGUUGGGGAUUCCAGCAUUGUUGGAUGCAGAAGACAUGGUGGCUUUAAGAAUCCCAGACAGGCUGAGCAUUCUUACCUAUGUCUCCCAGUACUACAACUACUUCAAAGCACAGCCUCCCAUGGGAGGUGUGAAAAGGCCAGCAGAGGGCUCCAAGGAGGAGCCAUCGGAGAAGAAAAAUCUCCCAGUAGUUGCCAAGACCUUUUUGUCUAAAACCGCAACUGAAAAUCGUUUACCUUCUAGUCAGACCUCACCCAAGCUGGCCAGAGCUGCUGGUCAGGUCGGUACUCAGAAGGUGGUUCUGGCAGAAAACACCAACAAAAAUGGAACUCUCAAUAGCAAAUGUGUUGCAUGUAAGAGUCAUGUUCAUCUCGUUCAGCGGCACUUUGUGGAAGGCAAGCUCUAUCACAGAAGCUGCCUCAAAUGCAGUGAAUGCUCCAGCGUGCUUCAUGCAGGAGGCUACAAACCUGGAAAGAAUCCAGACACUUUUAUCUGUAACGCCCACCAGAACAAUUGCAAACCUUCCUCCUCCGAGGCUGCGAUCAAAAACGGACCCGCCAGUUCAGCUGGGCAAUUAAAUAGUGCUGGCCAGACCCAGCCUGCACCACGCCCCUUUUCAGUGCUGUCAGCCCCACUGAAUAUUGUCCUGAAGCCAGUUAGUCCUACUCCACCUUCCAAGUCCUGGACAGCCUCAGCCCAAAAGACGCAGACGGCCCGGCAGAGGUUUUUCCAGGCUGCAGCGCCAAUCACAGAGUCCUCAACAGGCAACAGGAAGUCCACAGAGCCAUCAAGUGUUUUAGGAAGGCCAAAGGUCCAACUGAGCCCUGAUGAUGAGAAGAGCAAAGCCAGGACAACCAUUGGAACGAAAUUGGCAGAGGAAAACUGCAACAAUAACAACAAACGUCAAUUCACCAUCAGAACAGCAGAGAGACGGUUUGGAGAUGAGCCAAUUUCAGCUGGCAGCCCCGGUUUGAGAAAAGAUAAAUGCAGCCAAGGCCCAGCAGGAAACAGGGCAGGACAACCCUCCACCAGCCAGACAAACAAUAAGGAAUCGCCAUGUCUGAAGGCCAUCAACAAAGACAACACAAGGCCAACAACUGUACACACAACCGCCGAAGAUCCAGUCUGGGGGCAACUGGAGCUCAAACCUGUGAAAACUGAGCUAGGUUUAAAAGAUCCUGUAGCUGAACCCUUUACUGAGCAACAUAAGCCAGGAUUCAUGUCUACGACUUCAUCUAAUGUCCCCAUCAGUACAACAAGGCCUCCCUCGGCUCCAGCAUCUGCAGCACCUCCGGUUAGCGCUGCUCUGUUUGAUCCGGCACACUUGAGGCAAGUGUCUCCCCAGAAACCUCAGCUUGAUUCUGGAAACCUUGGUUUUAAACAUGGGAGUCACUCGCCUGUGAAAUCCCCAACCAGACGGCCAGCUGUGGAAUCUAUUAGCUCUUCGACGAGUGCUCCAGCCAAUCACAGAAAUUCGUCAGGUGCUAAAAAGGGAAAGUAUUUGUCACCCACCAACGCCUCCAGGACUGAAAUGAGGUCACCCUCUGUGAAGUCUUAUCAUAUUCCAGUGGAGCAGAUUGAGAGGGAACUGAAUGAUAUUGAGACAAACGUGGCUCAGUUGGAGAAGGAGGGUGUGGAGCUGGAAAAGAAACUCCGAAGCUGUGAGGAAGAGGGGAAGGGAGACAUAUUGAUGGAUCCACUGAUGGUCGAUUGGUUCAACCUGAUUCGAAAGAAGCAGAUGUACAUUAGAAAGGAGUCAGAGCUUGUGUACAUAGCCAGGACUCAAGAACUGGAGCAGCAGCAGCCAGGUGUGGAGGGGGAACUCCGCAGGCUGCUGGAGAAGCCAGAUCAUUUAAAGUCCAGAGCGGAGCACCAGCGGGAGAAGAAGUUGAUGCAGAGGCUGAUGGAGAUUGUGGAUGGCAGGAAUGCAAUAGUGGAGGGUCUGGAUGAAGACAGGCUGAGGGAAGUGGAGGAGGAUCAGCAGUUGAAUGAAAUGAUGCAAAAUCUUGGGGUAAAGAAAGCCAAAAAUAAGAGGAAAUCCUCCAUCUCAAAACUUUUCAGGCGAAGAAGUAAAAGGCGAGUGGAAUAAUCUUCAAGGCAAUUUUUACUAUAUUUGCAUUAUUGUCCUGUAUGCAUUAUCAAUACUCAUUUUAAAAUGUUUUAAGGCUUUUAUAUUUAAGUACUGCACAGUGUGCUAAUGAAAAGACAAAUGAAAAGACGUCAAAUUAGGGAAGGAUAAUGGAUCAAAACAUGUUACAUUUGUUCAAAGUUCACCUUCAAAUCUUCGUUUGCUGAACAUUUCUAGCUCAUGAUUCAAUCUUUGCUUUUUUCACAAUUGCUUUAAUUUUUUUUUUUCCAAAAGAUGAAAAUGGUGCUUAAUUACUGUUGCAGCUGCAAGCAUUUCCCUUAUAUUGAUUAGACCUCAGUAAAGGAGUGUAACAAGGAAAAAGCCAUCAAUCAUGGAUAUGUUUGUUAUGUUAAGAUUCUGUAUAUUUAUUGAAUGAUUGGUAUGAGAUUUUUAAUUAAUAUUUUUCGCACAUCAGCUUGCACUGGGUCAAAAAAAUGGAUGCUGGGUGUUAAAAACACAAGCUAUCAUGGUUUUCUUAUUACCGAGUGAACACUGGCUGUUCCACAUGCAAAUAUGAAUGAGCAGAAUAAAUGUGUAAUCCUUCAACAGUCCUGAUCCCAAAUGAAAUUAUUUCAGUAUUUUUUCAAUAAUGGAUUUUAACAAAUUUCCUAUAAGGAUAUUAGCCGGAGAAAAAAACGCCCUGACAAUUAAGUUUGAAUGGCUGUGGAGUGUAAAAUGGAGAGCCACACAUGUUGCAGGCUGCAGAUCUUCUCUCACACUGUACUGUAGGUGGCAGCCUGGGUAUGCUGUAUCACAAGGCAGGAACUUGGAAAUCCAAUUUGCCACAGUGCGGACAGUUAAUUUCUUUGCUAAUUUUAUAAAUGCUGCAAAAAUGUUCAGCUGUGCUGAUGCAAUAAUGUUAUGUGAAAGAGGAUUAGGGUAGAGCAGUAGCUUAUGGCCGAGGAAGGCUUAUAAACUAUAGGUUGUAUUGAGCUCUUUAUCUUCAAACCGGGUUUAAUUAAACAUUACUCUUUACUAAUAUCUGCAUCAGAAAUGCUCCGCACCUGAGCUAUUAAAAUGUUCAAACGUUGUGUGGAGUCGGUCAUGUGUGAAAAUGGCAUUCGCAGUGUUUGUAAGGAAUGUACUGUAAUGUUGCUUUUUAAGUGUUACUGGAUGUUCUUGUACUCUAUUUAUAGUAUUUUUAAACUUGAAAUCUGUAGUCCAAUAAAUCCUUUGAAGAU